AUGCCUAGUUUGAAUUCUAUUCCACGUUUAGAAGAUUAUGGUGUUUCUGAAAGGUAUGGAUUUUUGCCUAGGGAGCUACCUGUUCAAAGGCUAAAGGAUGACUAUUACGAAUCAUGGGAAGAUGUUAUUUCAAAGUUACCUGAUUUAUUGGUCAACAGAGAAUUGAGAUCAGAGAUUGAUAAAUUACCAGAGCUGAAAGUUAAACAGUCUCUUUUGGAUGAUAUAGGUCAAUUAAGAAGAAGUUACUGUGUAUUGUGCUUUUUAGCCAAUGCUUAUGUUUGGGGUGGUGAUAAACCUGCUCAAGUCUUACCUGAUAAUAUAGCUAACCCUUUGUUGAUUACCUCUGAUAAAUUAGGUUUACCCCCUUUAAGCACUUAUGCUUCUUUAAUCCUAUGGAAUUUUAAAUUAAAUGAUGGGGAAGCAGCUUUUGAUAUUAUUAGCACCCAACAAUCACAUGAAAUCAACCCUGAUGUUGUCACUACUAUUAACACUUUUACAGGCCUAAUAGAUGAGAGUUGGUUUUAUAUCAUUAGCAUGUUUUAUGAAAAAAUCGGUGGUGUUUGCUUGAAUGCUGGUUUGAAUUUGAUCAGAGCUGCAAGAGAUGAUUCAAAAGCAGUCUUCAUAGAACAAAUUAAUAUAAUUGCUGAGAAGGUAAAAAUUCUAGGUGAUUUAUUCUCAAGAAUGGAUGAAAAGACAAACCCUGACAUUUUCUAUAACGUUUUAAGACCUUUCUUAUCUGGUUGGAAAGGUAUGGAAAAUGAGGGUCUACCAAAUGGUGUCAAGUAUGGUAAGAAUGGUAAGUUUUAUAAAUAUGCUGGUGGUUCAAAUGCUCAAAGUUCUUUAAUCCAAUUUCUAGAUGUAUUAUUAGAUGUGCAGCAUAUGCCUGUCGGUGUGAAAAAUCAACCUCAACCUACUACUACUGCUACCACUACCAAAUCAAUAACCCAGAAGGACAAUAAGAAGUCUUUUAUAUAUGAAAUGCGUUCAUAUAUGCCAAGAGAGCAUCGUCAAUUUUUAGACCAUGUCAAAAAUGCUAGUACCAUUAGAAGCUAUGUCUUAGCCAAUGAAGAUGAUCCAGAAAUUACAAGAGCAUACGAUGCUUGUCUCGAUAGAUUGAAGGAAUUCAGAGAUAAACAUAUGAAGUUAGUUGCUCGUUAUAUUAUCAAUCCUGCCAAGAAACAGAAAGGCACUUUUGGUUUAGCAACAAAGGGUACUGGCAGUACUGACUUCUUACCAUUUUUAAAGCAAUGUAGAGAUGAAACCUUAAAGGCUGAAGUUAAUAGAGAUAGAAUGAAUAUUAACAAGUGA